AUGGAUUAUCAUCGCAACUACCGCCCUUGUCCCACCUUUUUUGUGGAGGAAGAUUAUGGCAUGGAACAACGGGCUCGUCAGGAGCGCCAGGCAAAGCAGGAGCAUGACAAGCAGGUCGCUCGUGAACGCCAAUAUGUCAUGGCAGAUGAGCUGUCUAAUCUCACCAGUGAGCAACUUCGGGACGAUGUCUUGAGUCACAUGCAGGAAAUGGAUAACCAAACCCUACCCGACGUCGAGUCAAUUGACAUCCAAACCGAGAUCCAGUGGUUCAUGCGACCUUACCUACUUGACUUCUUGAUUGAAGCUCACACUGCAUUCCAGCUUUUGCCAUCGACUCUGUUCUUGGCGAUCAACCUGUUGGACCGUUACUGCUCCAAGCGUGUGGUCUACAAGCGUCAUUAUCAGCUGGUUGGCUGUGCAGCUUUGCUUAUUGCGGCCAAGUACAAUGAUAAGAAAGACCGCGUUCCCACCAUCAAAGAAUUGAAGUCGAUGUGCUGUUCUCUCUAUGAUGACGAUAUGUUUACUCAAAUGGAAUGGCAUGUUCUCCAGACACUUGGCUGGUCCAUUGGACACCCGACUGUCGACGCAUUCUUGCAGCAUGCUGUUCUCGAUGAUGCGUACGACCCCGAAGUGGAACACAUGUCUCUUUACAUCCUAGAGAUUGCCUUGUUCCACCGAGACUUUGUCGGCAAGCUGUCAUCUGAACUUGCUCGUGCCGCCCUUGCGUUAUCGCGCUGCAUUCUCAAUCGACCGCAACCUCGUCACACUCACUGGGCUUCGCAAUACGACUCAAUGACUCUGGUUGCCUUGUCCCAACAGUUGCAUCAACCCUCGACGGUCGUUGCUCGCAAGUAUGCCUCGGCUCACUACUCUCGUGUCUCCAAGGUGAUGGAAAAUUUCCUUAACCGCCAAGCUUCAUUGGUCAACUACGCCCGUUGCACUCCUCCUGUGGAGACCCCUACCGAGUCCAAGCCGUACAAUGGGGAGAUGGCUGUUCCGCAUGGGUACCUAACCCCUCCCAUCACGCCAGACAACGAGGCACUCAUGCAUGUCCAUGCGCACAUGGCGAACCACGAUCUGCCCCACAAAAUUCCCUCUGGCCACCAUGGAUGCUCACCUUCCCCCACCCCAUCCACUGAGAUGCAAUACAUGAACACCGAAGCAUACCAGCAGGAGGCCAUGUACAUGGCUCAACAAGCAGCUCUCCAGCAGUUCCCCGCGGCGCCUACUCACAUGGGAAUCAGCCAGACUUAUCAGGGUGGGAUGUAA